AUGGAUGUUAAUACCAUACUUGACUAUCCUGGUGGAAACGAUAUAUGCUCAGAAGUUCAGAGUUUAGAAGAGAUUGUGGCUAUUGUCCUUAAUGUUGAUGAUGAAGUUGAAGAUGAUGCUAUGGAACCUUUGACAGCAGUUUCGCGUAAGGAAGCGAUUAUGGCUUCAAGAAUUCUUCAAAAAUUUUGGAUGCAGAAGACAACACCAGAAGUUGUUGAUGCAAUAAGUAAAAUUAGAGAUAAGUUUCAGCGAGAUUCCAACUUUCAGAAAAAGCAAACAACAAUAGAUUCAUAUUUUUCUAGAUUACCUUAG